UAAAAUAUAAUAAACAAUUAGAUUAUACAAAAUAAAUAAAAAAAAUAAAAUAAAGGAACCGCUAAAAACACUCUGCAAGAGCUGUGUAACUACUGUGUAUAGUGGUUCAUUGAUUUUACUCACAAAUUUUGAACCGCAAACAGUCUAUUAAUAUUUUAUUAUUAGAUUAAGCAGUUCAGUUUCUGAUUUAACAAAAUGUUGAAUGGAAGAGUAGAAGGUGGAUCGUACGUAUAGGUGUGUCUUCCACCUUUGGCCCAUCUCCCAUUCAAAACCAAAAUGCGUCGAGACUCAGUGGUCGUUGUGCGCCUGACAGCUACGGCCCUCCAGCUUUCUCUUUACCCAACAAUCCACACGCGCUCCUAGACAUACGGCGCGUGUACCAAUCCCACUCCCAAAACUAUUCCUUACGACUUUUUUGCCUUAAUUAAAGAGUGUUUCUUCGUUUUUGUUUUCUACCUUAAAUAUUUGUCAAAACUCUCUAUUUGGUUUAUUCUCUUCUUCUUCCUUCUCUCUGCUUUUGAAGCAUUCCUGUGAGUGAAUUCGAUCGAAUAAAACAAAAGAGUGGGUAAACAAAAUGGAUAUGGCGACGGUAACGAAAUAUCUGGAGAGAUCGGUGCAGAAUUGUUCAUUGAGUAACCAGAUAAGGAGUUUCGAAGAUGAGCUUGGUCUGACGGACGAGAGCGGAGAAGAUCAUGUCCCGAUCUUGGAUAGAACGUUGGAGCUUAAUUCUCACAUAUCUAUUCCUUCACAUUUGGAACAGUGUCUUGAUCUUAAGACAGGAGAGAUUUUCUACAUAAACCGGAAAAACGGAAUGAGGGUGAUGGAAGAUCCAAGGAACUCGGUUAGCAACGACAAUGCAGAUGAUUUCAGUGGAGAGUCGGAUGUAACUAUGUUUUCAGAAGAAGAUAGCGUGUCCUAUUAUGAGAGCGAAGAGUCUUCAUCAGAGUCAUCAAGGGAGAGUCACAUAGAAGAGGAAGAAGAACAAGUUCUUGCGGUUGCUGGUUGCAAAGCUUGUUAUAUGUAUUUCAUGGUACCUAAACUCUUAAACGAUUGCCCCAAAUGUGCAGCUCAGCUUCUCCACUUUGAUCGACCUCACUCUGCUUCUCCUUAAAUGUUUUUGUUUUCAUUUCUUUUCAGUCUCUUCACAUAAGCUUUUAGUUUUUCUUUCAUUUUCUUUACUCUCCUUUUCAUCUCAUAGAUUCUAUAUGUAUAAAGUAUUGGUCGUGUUCUGUUUCAAUCGCAUUAACACGAGGUUUGAAGGCAAUGUUUCAAACAACAGAUGAAAAACAUUAAUCAGGGUUAGAAUGGUGGUAGCAUGCA